CACAGCCUCAUCUGCUCGUGACAUUCUGGCUUUUGUGUCUGAGCGAGGAGGUGGGGGGGGGGAAGAGACCUUCAUUGUGGACCACCAUGGACGUGACGGGUGACAAAGAGCGGCGACGCGUCAACUGCAGAGGCUUGCUGAAGAAGAACUGGCUGCUGAUCGCCACGGUGGCGUCGGUGCUGCUCGGGAUCAGCCUGGGCGUUGCCGUACGAGAGUACGCCUCCCUGUCCCAGCUCCACAAGCAGUAUUUCGGCUUCCCGGGGGAGAUUCUGAUGCGCAUGCUGAAGCUGGUCAUCCUCCCGCUGAUCAUCUCCAGCAUGAUAACAGGCGUCGCGGCCCUGGACUCGGAAGUGUCGGGCAAGAUCGGCCUGCGAGCUGUCAUUUACUACUUCUCCACGACGAUUAUCGCAGUCGUCCUUGGCAUUAUUUUGGUGAUGACCAUCAAGCCCGGAGUCUCUCAAACGGCGCAGCACAUCGACAGAGCCGGAACCACGCCCAAUGUCACAACCGUCGACACGCUGUUGGACCUCCUCAGAAACAUGUUCCCGGAAAACUUGGUCCAGGCUUGUUUCCAACAGUACAAGACCAAGCGCAAAGAGCUGGAGCAGCCUCAGAAGGUUCUGGUCGCCAACACGGCCGUUCCUCCUCUCGCCACGACCGUCAUGGCCGCCGUGGAGAACAUCACCAAAGAUUACAAAAUCACCGGCACGUAUUCCGACGGAAUCAACGUUUUGGGCCUCAUCGUGUUCUGCGUUGCGUUCGGACUCGUCAUCGGGAAGAUGGGCCAAAAGGGACGCAUCCUUCUGGAAUUCUUCGACGCCUUGAACGACGCCACCAUGAAACUGGUGCACAUAAUUAUGUGCUACAUGCCAAUCGGGAUCCUGUUCCUAAUUGCCGCCAAGAUCAUUGAGGUGGAGGACUGGGAGAUCUUCCGGAAGAUGGGUCUUUAUAUGGUGACGGUGCUGAGCGGUCUCGCCAUCCACGCCGUCGUUUGCCUGCCGCUCAUCUUCUUCGUCAUCGUGAGGAAGAACCCGUACGCCUUCACGCUGGGGAUGGCGCAGGCCCUGGUGACGGCGCUCAUGAUCUCCUCCAGCUCUGCCACCCUGCCCGUCACCUUCCGCUGCGCCGAGGAAAAUAACCACGUGGACAAGCGCAUCACCCGCUUUGUCCUGCCCGUGGGCGCCACCAUUAACAUGGACGGCACGGCGCUCUACGAGGCCGUGGCCGCCAUUUUCAUUGCGCAGCUCAACGACUACGCGCUGGACGUGGGGCAGAUCGUGACCAUCAGUAUUACGGCGACAGUGGCGAGUAUCGGCGCUGCUGGCGUCCCCAACGCCGGCCUGGUUACCAUGGUAAUCGUCUUGACAGCCGUCGGACUGCCCGCUAGUGAUGUCACACUCAUCGUCGCAGUGGAUUGGCUGUUAGACCGUUUCCGCACAAUGAUCAACGUGCUGGGCGACGCAUACGGCGCCGGCAUCGUCCAGAAGCUCUCCAAGAGCGAGCUGGAGAGGACGGACCUUGGCUCGGACGUGGACGUGGCCAACCCCUUCGCCCUGGAGGCCACGCUGGACGGCGACGAGUGCGACAAGAAAUCCUACGUCAACGGCGGCUUCGCCGUCGACAAGACAGACGCCAUCUCCUUUACCGAAACGUCGCAGUUCUAGUGCCCCGCCCUCGCCUCCAGAAAGGGCCACAUCCCCUCUUAGCGCCGAUCAUCAGCAAUAGCAGCGUCCGUUCAUCACUGACAUUUACCACCAAUUUCAAGUGCUUCCUUUUUACACCGAAAUGAUACAUUUAUACUCCUGGAAAAGUCCGUCCUUAGUGGACGGAUGUGAGGCCCGUUUAUCGAGCGGUGACAUUGCACAAGCCAGCUUUAUUUGCUUACGAGUAGAAACGCACGGCCACUAUUAACUAUUUGUACAGAAAUGACCCCCCCCAACCCCCACCCCGCCCGUAAAGAGGUGAGUUGACUUGAAGGAUCGAGUCCUCCUUUGUCCACAUAAUAAGCGUAGGGCCCUGUUCUCGUGAGAAUUUGGUGGCGGUGGAGGGAAAGUAGGAAAAGGGGUUAUAUGAGGGGGAGGGGUCGCAACAUUGCCAGAUUAAGGCUGGAAUAUUACGUGAAAAAAUGUUCAAAGAAAGAAUGUCGUUCGAUACCAUUUGAGAGACUUGAGGAAAAAGCUUGUGGGGGAAAAAAAAAAUGCUUUUAGGACAAAAAAAAAAAAGUUGUCAAAGCAGAAAAUGUUGCGCAAAAGACAUGAGGAAAAAAAAAAAAAAUCUCUAUAAUGCAAUGUUAUGAAAUUACAGGAAAAAUGUGGUAACACCGUGUGGGGAAAAAAAUGGAAAGUUGCAACAACAACAAAAGUGCUCGUAUCAGGACAAGAUGUAAGUAUGGAAUAUUACAAGUUAAGUCAUCGAGUUGUGAAAUUUUCCUAACGAUGAAAAAAAAAUGCUCACGAUCACAAAGUUAUGAAAAAGGAAAAAAGAUGAGUGUCUCAAUUUCGAAACAAUAAAAACACUAAUGACACAAAUAAAAGGGUUGGAAGGGAAAGAGCAAAGAUGGAAGAUUGUGACGCUACAAGAAAAAAAAAAAAAUGCUGGUGCAGUGGAAAAUUCAUGUCACAAAACUACAAGAACACGUGGAGUAAUAUUGCAUGAAAUAUGUCCUAAUCUUACCCAAAAACACAAGAAGAAAAUCACAACAUUGUAAUACGAUGGCAAAGGCGCAAUGUUAUGAAUUUUCCAAAGUAAGCUUCUGAAGAUUUCCAUUCAAGAAAAUGCCAGAGUAUUAAAAAAAUACUUGAUAUAAAAAUGUGAAAAAAAAUAAUGGACAAACUGUUCACAUUAGGGUGGCACAGUGGAACAGCUGCAUAAUGUUGGACUCACAGUUCUGGGGACCAGGGUUCAAAUCCCGGCCUCCCCCUGUGUGGAGUUUGCAUGUUCCCCCGUGCCUGUGUGGGACCACCCGAUUUCCUCCCACAUCCCAAAAAAAGAGAUUAAUAUUGCCCCGUCGGUGCGACCGUUGUCGACAACCUGCUUUUUGAGUAGCGCUUUGUUUAGAUUAGAACCGUGUUUGUUUUUUUUUUUCCCUCUCUUAUUUGUUGUUGUAAAGUAGCCCAAAUUGCACACACAAAGACGCAAACUGAGGAGAGCAGAGGUCAGAUUUCCACGUGAACUCCGAGACACGGCCACGUUCCCUCCAACGCAUUUUGCCAUCGAAAGCCAACAAGGUCGUCGGGCGCGACGCUUGGCGACUUUGUCGACUCAUGUAUACGCUGUCUAAUAUAUGAAUAAAAAGAAGUCGCUACCAAAGUACAAAUUACUAUUGAUUAUUGUUGGGCGGUGGUUAUUUCCGAUGCGGUUCGGGGACAAGAAAGCGAACGGGAACGGAAUCCUGCGCCAGCAUAUCUCGUGCAAUAGAUCGCAAUGUUCUUCUUGUAGCUUCUGAUCUACGGCCGCGGACGCUUCACUGUUUGCCUUUAAUGGCCUCGCCGUGAUUUAACACAAGCCCCCCCUAAUGACAUGCCAGGCUUCUUCGGGCGCUGCG